AUGUCGAUCAGCAUCAUGACGGACGAAACGUCAAAAGAGGAGCCAAAGCAGGUACAGGAGUACAGUUGUAGCGGGUGCAAGCAGUUGCAGUCGGAUGUGGCUAAUUCAAUGAACCUGAUAAUGCAACGAAUGGACCAACUGCAAUACCGACUCGAUGAGAUUCUGAAAGAGAACGCGAUUCUCAAAGGUGCCGCCGGUGCAGCCACGUCAUCAUCCUCCACCGCCGUCUCAUCUGGAAAAGUGACGCCGACACCUGCAGCAUCAUCGCCAAAACUUGAGAUCAAGGAGCAGAAGCCUGUACUCGUGAAUGGUGCUGGCACACCAUCUGUGUCGGGUGCCCGGAAGCGGAAACCAAAGGAGCGUACCCCGCCGACAGCCGCCUCGCCGCUUCCAGAUUUUUCAAAUUUUGUGAAUGGUUUCAUGUUUGAUCCGAUCACGAUGGCCUCCAACCCGAACGGUAUGAUGCAGUUGUUGUCCCUGGUUCAGCAGCAACAGGACGCCGCGCCGACAGCACCCCAGCCACCUACCGCCAAUACCACUGCUACUGAACAGAGAUCGAUGACACCACCGGAGGCGAAACAGGUGAAAAUGGAGACGUCGUCGUCAGAGGAGACGAUGAGUAGUGUUAAGACGGAGCCAGAAGAGGCGGAUAUGUUGGGCGCCCAGCAGACACAAUCGAUUCUGGAUGCACUUACUGCACAGUUCACGACCGUUGGUGGAAGAGGGAAAUCUGAAUCGCCAUCCAACAACACUACCUCGACCUCCACCCCUACCCAAUCUGGAACCAUCACCGCCACCGCUGCAGCCUCCACUGACUCAGAGAACCGCACGAUAAAACUCGAAGCCAUCGCCACCCCGUCAAGAAGUCAAGACUCGUCGGAUGAGCCGAUGAGCUCCGCUAACGACCCGAACACCGCUCGCUGCUCCAACUGCCAGACUGAUAAGACGACGGCGUGGCGUCGCGACUCGGAAGGACGUCUCGUGUGUAAUCCGUGUGGAUUGUACUAUCGAUUGCAUAAGGUGCGCCGCCCGAUCGAGAUGCGCAAAAACCACAUCCAACAACGAUAUCGUCGCAAGAACAAGGAUAAGGACCUGGCGAACCUGACGGAUCCGAACCUCUUCAACCAACUGCUCACCCAGAUGCCGUCGAUGGCGACGGGCGGCUCACCGACGUCCGCCUCUAACGCCCUGAGCUUCCUGGAACAAAUCACACAAUUUACGCAGGCACACGAGCUGAUGAAUAGCAGUGCGAGCUUCUAA